GUCGUCCAUCAACGAGAGCAGGCACUCAUCCCAGUAGAGAGGAAGAGAGAGAGAGAGACACCGGCCUGGAGAGUUCACGAAAAACUAUGUCUGUGGAGACUGUGAGUUUUAUAACCGGAACGAGAAGGAAUUCUCGCAAUGGAGGUGGGAGCAGUAUCGACUUGCAGUAUUCUUAUCCAGAGGUACUAGAAAUCCUUAAAGACAACCCGAUUAUUUCGCACGAACGCAAAGAUUGGAGGAAAUCAUGCAUCACCGAACAACUCGCAGAUGAUGGCCUUUAUGUGUACUCCGAUAAUAUAUUGACUAGUAACGUAGUUAAACCGUACCAUCUAACAGGUCUCGAUACAAGCAGCAAUGCAUCCACGAAGAAGAACAAAAUUUUUGGGAUUGUCAUUCGAGAAGUUACGAUCCAUCCUGACAAUACUGCUACAUCUCGUCCGAUUCAAAUUACAUGUGUCUCGAUUUUGUUCAAUGAAAAAGCAGUAUGUAAAGCCACGGCUCCAUUUGCUAAGCAAUUAUACAAAUUCGUUAUCAGAAACUCUUCGGAGAUGAGUCGCUUCUCUAUACGAGUCGAAGCCCAAGGAGGAAUAUACAGCACAUUGCCGUUACCUUUGCCAAAGUAUUGUGUCUGUGAUAACAAGCUCGACAUCGACUUCUCGAUAGUUGACAGUUCUGGAAUGAUGCACGCUGGAACAGUGAAGUGUAGCGUAAUGCUAACUGCAGAGUUUCGAGAAGGCCCAAAGUCAGGAGAAGAGCAUUUGUCGCACUUGCACUCGACAACGAAUGAUCCAAAUGAUCCACAGAACAGUGCAUCUGCAUUGCUGUACAAGAAACGUGAUGUGAAGAAGCAAAAGGGAUACUUUCUGUUAGAAGACCCAGCAUUGAGGUUCAUUACGAAUGGUGACACAGUAGACAAUACACGCAGCCCAAAGGAGAGUCAGCAACUCGGAGAAGAACCAAAGUUGCAGAUUAACUCGGUGAUAGAGCAACCAAUGUUCUCCUGGCUAAAUUUUUCUGUGAAAGAUUGGCUCGAAGCAAGGACUCCGUCAUCCGGUGCCUUUGCACACAAGCAUCCAGGAAGAAAGGAAACCUUAAGUAUAACUAUCUUACGUGGAGUCGAGGUGCCGGUGAGAGAAGAGUCAGCACUUGUGCAGCCUCUCCUUGAAAUAGAAUGGGCCGAUGUGGUGCAAACAACGUCUGUUUCCAAUGGUCCUGCUCCGAUCUGGCAGGAAACCGUGUGCUUCGAAGUCCCCAGACAGAGCGGAGAACAGUUUGUGAAGCUGAGACUUUACGAUCGACAUCCUGUGUGGGGCUUGCAGUGGCUCGGCGAAGCCAGGAUCCCUGUAGAGAAUCGCUAUGGCUACCAGGAGCUCGAACGAUGGAUAAGUCUCUCUCCGCUCUGCAGCCCAGUGCUUCUAUUAGGUUAUGUGCAGGCAAGUCCAGGCUACUCCUGCACCAGGAUCUAUGUUCUAAUGAGAAUGGAAUUACCUGGAGCCACCGAAGCUGUACCCAAUGAUUCUGUCGACACGUUAUCAAAGGCUAUUCAAAGGUGUAUGGCAGUGCCUUAUAAGAUAUCAGGAAUAGAGACGAUCGAAGAUGCAGCCAGACUGACGAUGCUGCUGGCUUCCCUGCCAGCUCACUAUGGACCGUUGACUCCGAGGCAAGCUCUGAGUUUGAACAAGAUCGAUCACUUUGGUCGAGCUGCGUUGCUUGCCACGUUGCUACAGGGUUUUGGCACUGAGACUUACGUAGUAUUAGGAACGUCACAAAUGCGAAAGUGGGCUGCUUUCGUGUUGACUAUCACCGAUAAUGACACGUAUACCUUGUGGGACUCUGAGAACGGAGAUCACUACGAUCACGGUGUCAAUCGCUGCCCAUUGAUUAAAAUAUCGCGAAUAAUAAAUCAUCAAAGCAUCUGGGGAAACUUGCAAAAGACGUCGACUCCCUCGAAGAUGAGAUUCAACGUGAGGACGGGUAGAGAUUGGCAGCUACUCAGCAGUAAUUCUAUUUUAUCCGAUAAUCGAACCCCUCAGAUGUUGGAUCUGAAACGUACACCUGACGACCAAGACGAAGAAAGGAAAGCUGAAACAUUGGAACAGAACUUACGAGAAAAACUUGCUGAAUGGAGAAGUGGAAUCGGUUUGACUACCUUGUUCAACCGCCACGCAGUGUCCAUUGCUAGAAGACUUUUAUCCAAGGCUGAGAAUUCCACAAUCCAACCGGAAAAGAAUGAAUUGCGACAAUUGUACAGGGCUUACCACACACAUGGCUUUUUACUUAACCUGCGACAAACCAGUAUCGAUGAUUUGAGUAAACAGUUGUUUUCUACCAAGGUCCACGAAGUUACUGGUCCUGUAGAAUUUGCUUUGGUUUGCCAUAUCCAGAGAUACGUUGGUAAUAUUUAUUCCACGUGGUUGGCUGUAUUAGUUCUUCAGGGUAGAAAGUAAUGAUAGAUGGAGAGUGAAGUGAUGU